AUGAUGCCAAAGAAAUCCAGGUUUAAUCAGAAGCAGAUUUGUUUGUAUCAUUAUGGGAAACAACAUGCAAAAGUUGAGUUAUUAGUUCUUUUUAUGGCCUUUUUACUUCCCCAUUGUGCUGGGGUCUCUAAAAUCUACCUCGGACUUCAGGUUCCCAGAAACAUCUCCUUCCCCUUCAGUGCCUUGAAGCUGGGAUCUACCAUCCAGAUCGCUGUAGACAAAAUAAAUUCAGACCCCUUCCUCCUGCCAAAUCACACGUUGGACUUUGUGUACGCCGACAGUGACUGCAACCCCAAGGUGUCCCUUCGUGAAUUCUUUCACCAGACCCAGAGGUACAAUAUUUCUGCUCUGUUUGGACCAGCUUGUACAGAAGUGUCAGAGAUUCUAGGUCUGCUUGCCUCUCAGUGGAACAUCCCUGUCUUUGGAUUUGCGGUUCAGUCACUUGCAUUCGAUGACUUCUAUGUGUAUGACACCUACGUGAGUCUGCUGUCUUCACUCCAGAACAUGGGGAACGUCCUCACUAAAACAUUGCAUUUCUUUGGCUGGAGGCAUGUUGUCCUCUUGGGAGGGUCUGCUGAGCAAACCAUGUGGGACAUGACUGAGGAGCUCUGGAAAAUCAUUGCAAAAGAGCUGCAAGCCAACUUCACCAUAACAGCUCAGGUCCGAUACGACACAGGCAACAUGGCCCUUCAUCAGAUAAAGCUCAAGGAAGCUGUAGCUUCAGCGAGCAUUGUGAUUUUAAUUUGUAACCCUGGGGUGGCGAAGUCGAUAAUCUUGGAAGCAUAUCGUCUUGGAAUGACGAGCGGGCAAUACGUGUUCUUUAUUAUUCAGCUGUUUGAACUCAGCAGUUAUGUGGAUACUUUUUGGAAAUCAAAUUUGGCGGAUGGGAGAAAUGCAGCUACCUUUGAGGUGUAUGAGCCAGUUUUCCUGAUUACUUUACAGUCAUACAGUGAAUACGAAUAUUACGCCUUCCUACAAGAAGCCUACCAACGAUCAAAAGGGCCUCCGUUUUACAGUAAUUUGUCUUCAGUGACAGAGAUGAGCUCUGAUUCAGCUUAUCUUCAUGAUGCGGUCAUGCUCUAUGCUGCUGUUUUUCAAGAAAUGAUGGAAGCAGGGAUGGAUCCACGUGAUGGAAGAACAUUUGUUAAGAAUUUGAAAGGUUUGGGCAAAAGGCAACUUUACGGUCUGACUGGCUUGGUGGAGAUAGAUAUUUCUGGGAAAAGGUACUUGAAUUACUCGGUUUAUGACCUGCAAAAGUAUGUCAAUGGCACGAAGUUUGUCCCUGUUCUACAAUACGACAGCUUCAGCCAGUUGCUGAGUGCAACUGAUGAUUUAGCUAACAUUGCAUGGCCUGAUGGAACUCCUAUUAAAGAUCUCCCCGAAUGUGGGCUGGACAAUGAGAUUUGUCACAAGGGGCUUGAUAACUACGUGGUGAUUUUAAUCAUUGUGACUGUGGUCAUUGUGUUGGCGACAGCCCUUAUCAUCGGUUUCCUGAUGGCACACAAGCACAAAUCCAUAAAUCAAUUUCAGGAGACAUGGUGGAAAAUAAAUUAUGAAGAUAUAGUUUUCCUGAAGGAUGUCAAAGCACAGAAACAUGAAGCUGGAAACAAUGGGUCCAGAAGUAAUGUUUCAAGUCAUCACAAUUACAGCCUUAAAGAAAAAGUGGAAAUCAAAUCUGCUAAUAUCAACGUUGCCCUUCACCAGGGAAAUUAUGUGACAGUUCAGAGCUUUGAAAGAAAGACUGCUCCAGAUAUGAGCAAGAGGACAAUUCUGAAUGAAGUACAGCUGAUGCGAGAACUAAGGCAUGAAAAUCUGGUGAUGUUCUUCGGUGUGUGCAUUGAUGCAACAAAAGAUUUUAUCAUUAUGCAGUACUGCAAAAGAGGAAGUCUACUGGAUAUUCUGAAAAACAUAGAUUUUGUACUGGACUGGAUUUUCAAACUCUUACUUGUCUUUGAUAUUAUUAAUGGUAUGAUAUUUUUACAUGACAGUCCGCUGAAGUCUCAUGGUAACUUAAAGCCUACAACCUGCCUAAUAGAUAGCCAAAUGCAAGUCAAAUUAUCAGCAUUUGGGCUGUGGGAGCUUCAGUAUGAAGGCAAAAGGAAAAUAAUCUUUGAAGAUAUGGAUUAUACAGAUCUAUACUGGACAGCGCCAGAACUACUGCGUCUUGACGAAUACACAUCCUGGGGGUCCCAGAAAGGAGAUGUGUACAGUUUUGCUAUUAUUGUGAAAGAAUUGAUUUAUCAUGGGGAAAAUGGUCCAUACCAUGAUUAUCAGAUGGACCCAAAAGAAAUCAUCAGUAAAAUUAUAAGCCCUGUAAUGCUGCUGAGGCCUACUCUGUCAGCGGAGAAAUGUAAUGAACGGAUUACUUCCCUGCUGAGAGCCUGUUGGGAUGAGAGUGGAGACAGAAGGCCAACCUUUCAAUCGAUCAAACAUACACUGCGAAAGGAAAACCCCAAAGGUGAAAUAACCAUUCUAGAUUCUAUGGUGGAUAAACUGGAAAGAUAUUCCAAUCACUUGGAAGAAGUGGUUGCAGAGAGGACACAACAACUCACACUGGAGAAGGGGAAAACUGACCAGCUAUUGACCAACAUGCCGCCAGGCUUCAUUGCCGAGCAACUCAUUCUGGGAAAGGCUGUGGAGCCGGAAUCCUUUGAAUCGGUUACCAUCUUCUUCUCCGACAUCGUUGGCUUCACGAAGCUUUGCUCCAUCAGUACGCCCAUGCAGGUUGUGGAUAUGCUCAAUGAUCUUUACAGUUUGUUUGAUGGCAUUAUCAAAUCGUACGAUGUGUACAAGGUUGAAACAAUAGGAGAUGCCUACAUGGUGGCAAGUGGACUUCCAAUUCGCAACGGGAUGCAGCAUGCUGGGGAAAUUGCUACCAUGUCUUUGCAUUUUCUCAGCUCCAUUGCGGUCUUUAAGAUAAGACACAUCAACAAUGUACAACUGCAACUUCACAUAGGUCUCAAUACAGGCCCAGUGGUUGCUGGUGUGGUUGGAGUACUCAUGCCCAGGUACUGUCUCUUUGGAGACACUGUCAACGCAGCAUCAAGGAUGGAAAGCAACAGUUUACCCUUGAAAAUACACAUGUCACAAAGCACAGCUGAUGUCCUGUGGGGAUUUGGAGGAUAUGAGGUCGUGGAGAGAGGGACAAUAAAAGUGAAGGGAAAAGGAACUCAGUCAACAUACUGGCUUAAAAGUAAAGAGGGAUUUAACAUGCCUUUACCAAAGUUUGAACAAAAUAUGGAAGAUGAUCUUAAUGGCUCAAUAUAGGUGGGAGAAGUGGAUGAAUUAGAGGACCACUGAGGUUUAUUAACUCUUCCCCUCGAUACUGACGUACAAUGGGCCGUUGCAACAGAAUGCAAUUACAAAGACAAACACGAAAAGGAAACUGCCUGACAACAAAGCAUAACUUUGAGUGACUAUUGUACUUUUACCAAGGUAAAUGUCAAGAAUUUCUGUGUACAUUGUUACCUUUCCAGAAUUGUCUUGGUCAUAGUAACAGAAGUCAGUCUUCAUGCUUUUGAAACCUUCUCUAAAUUUUUCCUUCAACCAGUUCUCAAUGUCCAGUGUCAACUUCCUCUCUCUUUCUGCUUUGGAUGGGUUUCUAGCCGAGAACCCUAUAUUUGAAUGUGAAAAAUUAUCAAUUAUUAAAAUAAAAUUCAG